AUGUCGAGCUCUACUCAGCCCUCAACCUCGGCUAUCUCGCGGCCCGUCAGCGAGGCUCUCCUCAACGAGAAGUGGGACCGAUGCAUCUCCAACCUUCUUGUCAAGUCCACCCUCGGCGUCGGAUUCGGCGUUGUCUUCUCCGUGCUCCUCUUUAAGCGCCGCGCGUGGCCCGCCUUUGUCGGUGCCGGCUUCGGUGCCGGUAGGGCGUAUGAGGAGUGCAACUGGAACCUCAAGCAGGCUUCCAGGAACCUCAAGACCCAAUCCUAA